GCGAGAGCGCAGCCCGGAAGUUUUCCGACCUGAGCCGGCAGACUGGGAACCCACGAGGGCUGAACUUCGGAGUGCGCUGGGGGUGAGCCCCGCCUGAACCUAACAGGACCUGAGCGCCAUGGGGAAGCUGCAUCGGCGGUACAACGUCAAGGGGCGCCAGCAGGCAGCUCCCGGCCCCUCGAAGGGCGCCCCCGAGCCGCCCCCGGUGCGGCUGGAAAUAGAGGAUAAGGGCACGUUGAAAGGAAUCGAUGGCAGCAACGUGCUCGUCCUGCCGGGGAAGAAGAAGAAGAAGACCAAGGCCCCUCCACUGCCCAGGAAGAGGAAGCCUCUGACCAAGAAAGAGCGGAAAGUGCUGCAGAAGAUCUUAGAACAGAAGGAGAAAAAGAACCAGCGAGCAGAGAUGCUGCAGAAAUUGAGUGAGGUCCAGGUUUCAGAAGCAGAGAUGAGACUCUACUACACCAUGUCCAAGCUGGGCACCGGGGAGCGCAUGUACCACACCAAAGAGAAGUCUGACGCAGUCACAGCCCCGGAUCAGAGGAUCAGCAGCCUUAGUGGAGCCCACCGGAAGCGCCGGCUCCGGGAGGCAGAAGAGGAGUCUGAGUCCUCAGUGGAGUCUGAACCCGAGGAGGCCCCGGCUGCUGAGCGGGUGGGGGCUGGUGCAGGGAUGGUGGCAGCGUGUUGGCCACCCACUCUUCCGGGGGCUGGGGGCGAGAGCCCAGUGCCCAGUGGCCCGGCCACUCAGGCCAGAACUGCUGCUCCUCCAGCUCCUCCGGCCACAGCCUCCACCCUGGCCAGGCCCCCGGCGAAGCCCGCCGUCUUCAUCCCGGUCAACCGCUCCCCCGAAAUGCAGGUAGAGCGGCUGAAGCUCCCGAUUCUCUCUGAAGAACAAGUGAUCAUGGAGGCGGUGGCCGAGCACCCCGUUGUCAUCGUGUGUGGCGAGACUGGCAGCGGGAAGACCACGCAGGUGCCCCAGUUCCUCUACGAAGCAGGCUACAGCAGUGAUGACAGCAUCAUCGGCGUCACGGAGCCUCGCCGAGUAGCCGCCGUGGCCAUGUCUCAGCGAGUAGCCAAGGAGAUGAAUCUGUCACAGCGGGUCAUCUCUUAUCAGAUCCGAUACGAAGGGAAUGUGACUGAAGAGACCAGGAUCAAGUUCAUGACAGACGGCGUGUUGCUCAAGGAAAUCCAGAGGGACUUCCUGCUGUCCCAGUACAAGGUCGUGAUCAUCGACGAGGCCCACGAGCGGAGCGUGUACACAGACAUCCUCAUCGGGCUCCUGUCCCGCAUUGUGUCUCUCCGGGCGAAGAGGCUCCUGCCACUGAAGCUCAUCAUCAUGUCGGCCACGUUGCGGGUGGAGGACUUCACCCAGAACCAGCGGCUCUUCGCCACUCCGCCCCCGGUCAUCAAGGUCGAGUCCAGGCAGUUCCCGGUGACGGUGCAUUUCAACAAACGGACGCCACUGGAGGACUACAGCGGCGAGUGCUUCCGGAAGGUCUGCAAGGUGCACCGGAUGUUGCCUGCAGGUGGCAUCCUGGUGUUCCUGACGGGGCAGGCCGAGGUGCACGCACUGUGCCGCAGGCUGAGGAGGGCGUUCCCACACGCCAGGUCCAGGCCACCAGAAAACGAAGAUCAGAAAGAUUCAGUAGAAGAAACGCGGAAGUUUAAGAAGUCGCGGGCGAGGGCGAGGAAGGCCCAGGCGGCGACGUUGCCCCAGAUCAGCUUGGACAGUUACUCGGUGUUGCCAGCGGGCGAAGGUGACGAAGACAGGGAGGCAGAAAUGGACGAUGAGGAGGCUCUGGGCUCGGACCUGGACCUGGACCUGGGGGACGACGGAGCAGGCGGAGAUGAGCAGCCAGACGCCUCGCUCCCCCUGCACGUGCUCCCCCUCUACUCUCUGCUGGCCCCAGAGAAGCAAGCGCAGGUCUUCCAGCCUCCCCCAGAGGGAACUCGACUGUGUGUCGUGGCCACCAACGUGGCCGAGACGUCCCUCACCAUCCCGGGCAUCAAGUACGUGGUGGACUGUGGGAAGGUCAAGAAGCGACACUAUGACCGGGUCACUGGCGUGUCCUCCUUCCGCAUCACCUGGGUCUCCCAGGCCUCGGCGGACCAGCGGGCGGGCCGCGCAGGCCGGACGGAGCCUGGCCACUGCUACAGGCUCUAUUCAUCCGCGGUUUUCAGUGACUUUGAGCAGUUUCCUCCCCCUGAGAUCACCAGGAGGCCCGUGGAAGACUUGAUCCUUCAGAUGAAAGCCCUCAGCAUCGAAAAGGUCAUCAACUUUCCCUUUCCGACCCCUCCUUCCGUGGAGGCCCUUGUUGCUGCCGAGGAGCUGUUGAUCUCGCUGGGUGCCCUGCAGGCGCCCCAGAAAGCAGAAAGAGUGAAGCAGCUGCAGAGGUCCCGGCUGAGCUGCCCCAUCACCGCGCUGGGCAGGACCAUGGCCACGUUCCCCGUGGCGCCCCGCUAUGCCAAGAUGCUGGCGCUGAGCAGACAGUACGGUUGCCUGCCGUACGCCAUCACCAUUGUGGCUGCCAUGACAGUCCGGGAGCUGUUCAUGGAGCUGGACAGACCAGCCGCCAGCGACGACGAGCUCACCAUGCUGAAGGACAGGCGGGCCCGUGUGGCCCGUAUGAAGAGGACCUGGGCAGGACAAGGCGCUUCGCUGAAACUCGGGGACCUCAUGGUGCUGCUGGGUGCCGUGGGGGCCUGCGAGUACUCUGGCUGCUCCGCCCAGUUCUGCGAGACCAACGGGCUGCGGUUCAAGGCCAUGCUGGAGAUCCGACGCCUGCGGGGCCAGCUGACCACCGCAGUCAACUCUGUGUGUCCUGAGGCUGGGCUCUUCGUGGACCCCAAGAUGCAACCGCCUUCCGAGAGCCAGGUGACCUACCUGCGGCAGAUCGUGACAGCCGGCCUGGGUGACCACCUGGCCCGCAGGGUCCAGAGCGAGGACCUGCUGGACGACAAGUGGAGGAACGCCUAUAAGACCCCUCUCCUUGACGACCCCGUCUUCAUCCACCCGAGCUCCGUCCUUUUCAAAGAGCUGCCCGACUUCGUGGUGUACCAGGAAAUCGUAGAGACCUCCAAGAUGUACAUGAAAGGCGUCUCGGCCGUGGAGGUCCAGUGGAUCCCAGCCCUGCUGCCUUCCUACUGCCAGUUCGACAAGCCCCUGGAGGAGCCGCCCCCCUCCUACUGCCCCGAGAAGGGGCGGGUGUUGUGUCACCGGGCCAGCGUGUUCUAUCGCGUCGGCUGGCCGCUCCCCGCGGUCCAGGUGGAUUUCCCGGAGGGCCUCGACUGCUACAAGCACUUCGCCCGGUUUCUGCUGGAAGGGCAGGUCUUCCCCACGCUGGCCCGACACCGGGGCUGUUUGCUGUCCAGCCCCAGCACGAUGCUGAAGACGUGGGCCAGGCUGCAGCCCAGGACAGAGGUUCUGCUGAGGGCCCUCGUCGCAGAGAGAGCCGACUGCCGGGACGCCUUGCUGGCUGCUUGGAGGAAAAACCCCAAAUACCUGCUGGCUGAGUAUUGCGCGUGGCUCCCACAAGCCAUGCACGCCGACAUCGAGAAAGCUUGGCCCCCCACCUCUGACCUCUGACAUCAUGUCUGGCUGCCAGGCUGAGGACUGGUCUGGGGACCAAAGGGGCUGGCAGUGGCCAGUUUCUGACAUGGUCACCCUGAACUGCUCCCAGGAGGCAGGUCAAGCCCCUGGAAACCCUGGUCCAUCAUGGCCGGAUUGCGGACACAGCUUGCCGUAUAACUAUUUAUUACAAGGUGGAUAGUGGUGUAUCUCACCUGCUUUUAAAUGUGCUCUGUGGACUACAUUAGUCCCUUGUCGGCCAGUGGGGCUGGGAGCAGGAGGGGGCAGCUGCAGACCUUCCCCCUGGGUCCCCUCCCCCGUGGGAGCAGUGCGCCUUCCCCACUGCAGUGGGACACGAGGAGGGGUCCCCUCCCCGAUGGGCAGCCCCUGCCAGCCGCUUUGCUGGAAUAAAUCUUAGCAUAUUAGUCCAGAA